AUUGGUUUGAAUCGUUUGUUUUGUUUGUCGACCGAAAUCAUCACUUCUUCGCAAAUGUGUUAACCAUUUGAAGACAUUUACGGCCAAUGAAUACAUCGCUAAACUGAUCCCAACAUGUCUUACGACGAUAUUGUCGAGUCGUUUAGUGAGUCCUUCCUCUUAACCAAAGAGGCGAACGACACGAACAGAUGUCACCCGAAGUACAAUCACUUCAAAGACACCGCCAAAAGCAAAGAAUGUCUUCAAGAGAUCCGUCGCAAGGAAUUCAUCGACAAUCAGAAGAAAAAUCGGGAACAAAUAGUAAUGAGAUUGCGGUGUCUUUUGGAUGAAAUGCCUGUUGAAGACAAUGCUUGCGAACCAAUGGACACAAGAAAUGGCCGCAAAUUGGACUCAAAAUUGAAGAGAUUUUAUGUAAAUAAAUAUAAGAAUCAAUUAAUGCUUUCCGAAUGGUUGGUCCAAAUACCUGAAGAUCUGACCACAAACUGGUUUCUGGUGUUGUGUCCGAUCGGCAAACGGUGUCUCGUAUUGUCAUCGAAAGGUCAGACGAGGGCUUAUUCCCGGACCGGGUAUUUGAUGGCAACCUUUCCCACACAACUUCCCGGAGGAAACAGAAAGAUAGCUAAAGACUCGAAACACAACUGUAUUCUCGAUUGUAUUUACAGUGAGAGUGAAAGAGUGUAUUAUGUAUUGGAUGUGAUGUCUUGGAAUGGAUGCCAUUUUGGCGAAUGUGAUACAGAUUUCAGAUUCUUUUGGCUUAACUCUAAACUGGAGAGCGAAUGUCCGGAAGUGAUAGACAGAACGCCAUUGAAUCCAUACCCGUUCGUUGCACUCAAACACUACGGUUGCAGUGAAUCGGAGAUAGUGUCCACUCUUCGGGCACCCAAACAGUUCUCGAGUCCAGUCGAUGGCCUUCUCUUCUACCACAAGAGGUGUCAUUACACCUCCGGAGUGACCCCUUUAGUCAAUUGGCUUAAACCUCAUAUGCUUUCAGACGUUCUCAAUAUUCAUAUCAAUUAAAUAUAAAACAAGACAUUUAUUUACAGUACACUAUAAUUAUAGUGAACUUUGCAUUCAAUUAUUUAUGACAUUAACUAUAUUUGUGAU